AACGAUGAGUUGUGUUUAAGAAAAAAAACAAAAAAAACUGUGGUUAAAAAAGGAUUUGACCUACCAUGACCCAUUUAAAUCUAUGUUGCUUUUCACUGCUAAUAUGACUUUGCCAAAUUGUGGUGAACCACAGCACAGCUUCAAAGUAAUUGCUGCCAUCAGCGUGUCAACAUGCUUAAUGAAAAUGCCACAGUGUUGAUGUUAAGCCGGUGAACAUUCACUGAUGUGCGUUUGCAAGUUUUGAUAAUAAUAUUUGUUUAUUAGCUGGUGUGAAUAUCAUUAGUUUUUUCAGGUGGAUAAAAUAUCUGAUUAAAUUCAUGGCAAUUAAUUCCUUGUAGGAACCUGUGUCAAAGCCAUUCUAAAUAUUUUAGAAUUGUUAUAUAUAAAUUACCUGAACUAUUGAAUGAGUUUUUAAAACUCAUAUAUUUGCUCAUUUAAAAAUGAGCAAAUAUAUUCAAACUUACAAGAAACAAGUCAUUGUACACGAGAUUAAAACCUAUUAUAGAUAUUCAGGCAGCUGAAGGCAACACUAGCCCAACUUGCGAAAACGUCAGUUGGAAUUCCACCAUUUAACAUUAUGCCAUAAGCCUGCAUCCCAUUAAGAGACUCAGUGAUAAAGUGUCCCUCUGUGGAGUGGACUAACAGUAGGAGGCCAUGGAGCGUGCAUGAGCAGCUCAAGUGUUUAUCUGUAGCCACAGAGUGAGCAGGAAGUGCAGCUUGGUGCCUCAACUCGUCUCAUCAAUGCAGCUUUCAUUCUCCCUUGGUGGGGCGACAUGGAAGCCGUACAAAAGGACCACUGGUACUUUGUGGUACUCAUCUUUCUCCCUUUUCUUAAAGUUGCUGUCCAGCAGGAAGAGGCUGUUGUUCGACUGGAGGAAGGCAUGGUCCUUGACUGUUUGUGUCCAUGGGACGGCAACCUCAGCUUGGUGUCCUGGACCAAAGUGCCAGACAAGUACCCAGUAGCUAUUUUCCAUCCGGAAUACGGAGUGGUCUUCUCACGCCAACACAAAGGGAGAGUAGAGUUCCUGAGGACCACGACUAUGGAUGGAAGCAUCUCAAUGAGGAACGUGACGCAUCAGGAUAUUGGGCUUUAUCGCUGCUCCGUUCAGACCUUCCCUCAAGGACCCUGGACCAAGAGGGUUCAGGUGGAGGAUUUAGAUGAACCCCCUGAAGAUGAUGAGGAAGAGGAAAAAGAAGACAUCACAGAGCCCCCCACCCCAGAGGUGACUGUGGCAGACGUAGAGUUGUUGGCAGAGCAGAACAACAACCUGACCAUCAGCUGUAACCACAAGCACAACGGCACCGUCUACCAGGCCCUUUUAGAGAGGAUGCCACAUGGCCAACGCUGGGGCAUCAUUGGCGUUUGUAAGAAGGUGGAGGGAGGCCUGGUGGGUGAAGACUACAGCGACAGGGGACGUGUAAACUGUCACGACAGCCUGGAUGUCAACUUGCAGCUGACAGGUGUUGCAAUGGAUGAUGGCGGUUUCUACCGCUGUACUUUUAACACAGACGCGGGGGUGCAGACCACCACAGUUCUGCUCACAGUUGUCACUCAAGGUGGAUUCAGCCUCUCCUUGUACAUGAUGAUUAUUUACAUCGGGGCUGGAACUGCUGGUCUUGUUUUAUUCAUAGUCAUCCUCAUACUGGCAUUAAAGCACUGGAGGCAGAACAAGAGAGAGGAGUACAGAGUCAAACUACACCCGUCUCGGAGACAGCCAAACAUCUAUGAAAACAUCCGUGUGUGUCCCAGGAUGACUAAGAAGUCCCGGAACAUCAGACUUGUCCCCGUGUACGCCAACCUGCAGAGUGUACGAACACACAAAUCCAGACGUCAGCUGCAGCCUUGUGAUAAAUGAGUGGAUGCAAAUAAAAUGCACUGCUUUAAUGUGAACGCGCAUUUGUGUUUUUUUUCACAGAUGUCAGUGCACCCUCAGGUUUUUUUUUUUGGUUUUUUUUUACAAACAACUAUACACAUAGAAAAGGCACAUUGACAAGCUGGGAGUAGCUUUUUGAUAAGAUGCAGGAAUCACAUUGACAGUGAUUAAUAUUCAUAUUUGGAGCUUGGAACGCAUUAACAAGCUGGUGCUCGUGUAAGUCACAGACAGCUGACGCGUUUGGUUGGGUCCAGCCCUUAAUUAAAUGUAGUAUGUACUGCAUAAUUACUGUUGAGAAAAUAUCUGUUUUGGGCAAAACAAUAUUUGACGGCAUCCGUCAUGCAGAGAGAGCCGACAAAAGCCUGUGUAAUCAUUCUUUUCUCUCCCGUAACCCCCGAGUAAAACGACUGACAAAAGCCUGUGUAAUUGCUCUGCGUUUACUUUCAUCCCCUCCUGCUUUUCCAUUCAAAGCCUGACAAUGGCGUCUAAUCAUCUAACGGAGAAGAGACGCAGUCACUCAGCACUGUACCAUCACUUGAGACUGCUGCUGCUUCUCCCAAAGGGCUCUCUUUCUAGGAUGGCUGCGUUCUAGUUACAGCACGCUCUUAUUAUGAAAGCUAAACUCUAAUUAGCUAAUCCUGUGCUUCAGUAUAUAGCUCCCGACACUUGUUUUUUUUAUGCUUAUGAAAUGUAAUUAAACAAACAAUUUUUUAUGAUAGGCUGUCACAAGUUUACCAAGUUGUAUUCUUUUUAUGGUUUUUAAUCUCGCCUACAUGCUAUUGUAAAGCAGUGUUUAAGGUUUAUGGUAGUGCCGUUAAACUGUGUGUUGUUUAUUUAUAACGUGGCUCGUUUAUCUCCAUAGAAAUGGAGGCAGUGGCAGUGGCAGAGGCAGUAAUGGAUAUGUGGGCUUUUCCACUAGGAAACAAGACAAAUGUGGACACGUUAGAAAUGUCAACACAAAGGGACAAUAUAGUUUUGGAAGUUUUUGUUGUGGUUGUUGUCUUUAUUCUCUCCACUUCACUUUCUUUUGAAAGCUUCAAGUGUGAAUUUGACUGUGAAACUGCGAGGUUUAUGUCCAGCAGUAGUGAAACCAAUGUGUGUGCAUAAUUACUCCCUGUGGUAUAAAUAAAAUAUGUGACAUUG